GGCAAAGGCCGCGGCUGUGGGACCGGGGGGGGGCAGCUAUGGCGCAGACGCAGUCCCCGCGGUGUCGGCGUGUGGGGAUCCUCGGCUACGGCCAAUUGGGGCGGUUUCUGGCGCUGCAGCUCCAAUCUCGGGGUCCCCCUUUGGGGUUCACUUUGGCCUUCGUGUGGUCUCGGGGGGGGGUGGAGGGACUGCCCCCCCCCCUCCGCCUCGGGGACCUCCGACUGCUCCCCCAAACCGGUGUGGAUUUGGUGGUGGAAGUGGCGCAUCCGGAGGUGAUCCGAGAACACGGCGAGAAGAUCUUGGCCCACGCGGACCUCCUGGUGGGAUCUCCGACGGUUCUCGCUGACCCCGAGGUGGAACGGCGCCUACGGGAAGCGGCCAAAGGUGGUGGUCACACCCUCUACGUCCCCCGCGGUGCCCUUUGGGGUUGUGAGGACAUCCGGAGGAUGGACGAGGCCGGAACGCUCGCCAGUCUGAAGGUGACGAUGACAAAGUCCCCUCAGAGCUUCCGCCUGGAGGGUCACCUCCGGGAGCUCCUGGAGGCGGCGAUGGCCGCGGGGGGACCCGUGGUCCUCUACGAUGGUCCCCUCCGUCCCCUCUGUCCCCUCGCGCCCAACAACGUCAACACUAUGGCGGUGGCGGCGGUGGCGGCGCCGCGACUCGGCUUCGAUGGCGUCCGCGCUCGCCUGGUGGCCGAUCCCGGUGUCCCCGACUGUCACGUGGUGGAGGUGGAGGUGACGGCCGUUGGGGACGAGGGACGGGCGCUGAGUGUCACCACCGUUCGACGCAAUCCGGCGUCACCGGGAGCCGUCACCGGCACUGCCACACGCGACACCUUCUGGGACAGCCUCAGGGCGUGCCACGGACACGGCGGAUGCGUUCAGCUCUGCUGAAGCCGCCGGAGAGGCGACAAGAAGGGACAAAAGGGACCCAACGGGUGACAUUAAAGGCCUUCACCACCGUCACUCAGAGCCGGAAUGGCGGCGGGAGGGCGCGGGGCAU